AGCCCAUAGCCGAUGGCGUCUCCUCCCCAACUGCCCAUAGCCGACGGCAUCUCUUCCCCUGCCGCCCACAGCCGACGACGUUCAGUGCCGCCUACUCUGGUAAGAAUCUGCGAAGGCUCAACGAAGGCUUGCUCUCGAACUGCGAAGAAUCUGGAGUUUCAAGUCGAGAAUCAAAAGUAUUGGCUGGGAAUUGCGUUAUUACAUUCAAAAUUAUUCAAGCUCUUCUUCGAUUGAUAAGAUGACACGAGGUGGUAGUAGAGCUGGACGCAUAAGAGGACGUUGACGCGAUGCAUCGGUUACAAUUUCGAGUUCUAGCCCAUCAUCGUCUACACUUCCUUUUCUUGUGGCACCUCCUCCUACUAUAGUAUCUCCAGCUAUUGUCUCACUUGCUUCUAUUGGUUCACCACCUGACUUGCCGAUUCCAUCACCAUCAUACUCUACUGCUCCACCCACAUCCUCAUCAAUUACAGGAUCAUCUACUGCUUGUGAUUUGUCUAUUGUUCAUGUAGAGCAUGGGAGGUUAAUGCCUUCUCACGCAUGUUCAAAUACAAUUACAAAAUUAUUGAAGCAAAGGAUCUACCCUAAUGGGUAUACUUGGAAGACUGUGUCUAAUGAGUACAAUGAAUCAUACUUUGAAGAAUUUAAGAAAUUUUUCAAGUGGAACGAGUCCAUUAACAGUCAAGUACAUAAAGCGUUUUUAACACAAGCAAGCACACACUACAGAUAUGGUCUCCAAAAUGAAGAAGAAUCGGACUUCAUCUGGGAAGCCAGAUUUUGUACAUGAAGAUACAUGGCGCAUUUGGGAGGCAUAUUGGGAUAGGCCUGAAGUGAAAGCUAAAUCUGAACAACAACGCAAAAAUAGGAUGAGUGAGGUAGCAGGACCUGGUACGGGAUGCUCUCGACAUAUCGGAGGAUCUAGAUCAACUAUUGAGCACUAUCACACAUUGCGGGAUAAACUUCAAAAGGAGCAUGAUCUGUUUGAGUGCUUUGCGCAUACGCACAAAAAGAAGGAUGGUACAUUCUUUGAUGAGAGGUCAAAGAAAAUCGUUGACAAAAUACAAGCACGGUGUGAUGCUGCAAUGCAAGAGGCGGAAGGGUCAACUGAGCCACCAGUUAUAGACAUGUCACCGAUGUAUGUGGAUGUUGUUGGUGGGGUAAAAACACAGCGUAUUUAUGGCUUAGGGACUAAGUCAUCUGCAUUUAUCAGCGGGAAUAGUUGUAGUUCAUCUGCUACUUCACAACUUCAACAAGAGGCAAUAAAGGAGAUGGUGAACCAACAGUUAGAGACCAUGCGAGUUGAGAUGGAAGCAAAACUACAAGCUGAAAGAACUGAGAUGGAAGCUAAACUACAAGCUAAAAGAACUCAAAUGCAGACUCAAAUUGCAAGUUUGCUGGAUGAGUUGCGUCGCAACGGCAUGCUAUCCAAUCCAAGUACUCAAGCUCAACAUUCGGCUAAUUCAAAUGAUGAAAACUUAGGAGAAGAUUAGAUUAUUUUUAUUAAUA